GCUAUGAGAGAAACAAAAUAUAGACUGUGAUAUAUGAAUUUUGAUGAUUGUACUCUUAGCAGUGAUGUUUGUACCGUCAGCUAUAAAAGGGAAUUUACUUCACUUGUGGCAAACGAGGUGGACGAAACCCGCCAUAAACAAACAAUGUUGUUACGCCGCUGCCAUUUAAUUGCAGUACCAUUCUCAACCCCUUCGCCACCACUUCCACGGCGGCGGUCGCCGCCGUGGCUCCGCCGCCCCUUCCCUCUACUUCCUUCCCGUCUCUCACAAUCUCCUCACACCACCAUUUCCGCCCUCUCCUUCACUUCCGGUAGCUGUCAAGCCUCCUCCGACGGUGAACUCAGUGAGAAUUUCCCUUCGAAACAAGGUCCUUUAAAACCCGGGCUAUAUCUUGUCGGAACGCCUAUCGGGAAUCUCGAGGACAUAACUUUAAGAGCCCUUCGAGUUUUGAAAUCCGCUGAUGUCAUACUUUCCGAAGAUACUAGGCAUUCGGGAAAGUUGCUUCAACACUAUAAUAUCAAAACUCCACUUUUAAGCUAUCACAAGUUCAACGAAUCGCAACGAGAGCAAGUUGUGCUCAAUAGAUUGCAAGAUGGAGAAAUCGUAGCACUGAUAAGCGAUGCUGGGAUGCCAGGCAUAAGUGAUCCUGGUUCAGAUCUCGCGAAAGUGUGUGUAGAAAAACAUAUACCCGUGAUUCCUGUCCCCGGUCCAUCUGCUUUAGUAGCUGCUCUCUCUGCGUCUGGUUUGCCGACAAAUGAGUUCACAUUUGUUGGAUUUCUCCCGAAACAUGCUGCAACGAGAAGGGAGAGGCUGGUGGUUUCUGCGAAUAACGCAACGACUCAGGUUUUCUUCGUUCCUCCUCAUAAGCUAUGCCAGUUUCUAGAAGAGGCGUCUUCGAUUUUCGGACCGUCUAGGCGUUGUGUCGUUGCUCGGGAGAUAACCAAACUGUAUGAAGAAUUUUGGCGAGGUACUAUCGUGGAAGCCAUAGAAGCAUUCUCAGUUCGUCAACCUAAGGGUGAGAUCACACUUUUGAUUGAAGGCGCAACGGUUGUUGAGGAUGAAAUUCUCUCCGAUUCUCAAUUGGAAAACGAGUUGGGCGAAUUGAUUUCCAAAGGGCAUAGUCUCUCUAUGGCAGUGAAGUUGGUGGCAUCAGGUACAUCCAUGAAAAGGAAAGCAAUAUAUUCUGUGGCCCUCGAGAAAUUCGGCAAACUCGCACAACAACAUGAUUCUGAUGAUAAAUACUGAUUUGUUUUUUUUUUUUUGGGUAACUCAUGAAACAAUGUUUAUCACCACAACAAAUCGAACUAGUCUUCAAUCUUUCGUUUGCAGGAAAUUGUUCGUAAUUUCCGAACCGACUUCUUUGCCCGAGUGAUAGCUGACCAGAUUAUUGAUUUAUGAUUUAGGUAAUAAUUUGCCGUUAGUUUUAACAGAGACUGUAUGUAUAAUUACUGAUUUCUGUAUGUAUAUACGCAAUGGUGUUUGUGUACAAAAGAGGAAAUAAAAGAAUGAAGCAGAAAUGUAGG